UCCGACUUCUGUGCCCUGCGAGUGAGCAGUUUACCAGGGCCAGUGAGUGGAGGUAGGGCCUAGGGUGUGUGUGUUGGAAGAUUCUCCCGUUCCCGCAAUGGAGCACACUGGCUACGAGCCUCACGAGUACAUCGACUGGGGCCAGGCCACAGGCUCGCCGCCAGCAACAAACGGGAACGAGGAUAGCGAGGAGGAUGUGGCCGGGGAUUCCACUCAGGAGGAGAACAACAACAAGAGAGAAGAUGAUGACGAAGUUGACGGAACACCAGCAAGUUCUGGACUCGAACCCACGGCACUCGACAUCGUCUUUUUCCUACGCCCGCUUCAUUCCACGGAGGCUCAAGCCGCGAACGCCCAGUACGCAUCUAUGUUCAGAUUUUUGGCGGAGUCUCCAGCACCACCUAACGCCCAGGACACAGUUCCCACAUCUCCUCCUCCAACAACUGCUCCGGCCUUGUCGAGCGGUGUGUCCUCUCUGCAAGAACCACACAGAGUGGCCAGUGUGACUAGUGUGAGCAGUGGGACCACUGUUACCAGGUCGCCGAGGGACCUCUGCCAAAUUCACGAGAACUGCGCCAUCCCCAUCGUGCCUCAGACGUCCACGGGUGGUGGCUACCUCACAACACCCACCACAGACUCUACUGGCGCUGUCCAUAACCCCAAUAGCUUAACACAGUGCGCUCCGAGAACCUCUCCUUGUCAGCCGAGACCUAUCGAGGGGAACAACUCAGGAGAAGCUAAAGUGGGUGGUUGGCGGGUGCUCUUCAGUGUGACUAAUGUGAGCAGUGGGACCACUGUUACCAAGUCGCCGAGGGACCUCUGCCUAAUGCACGAGAACUGCGCCAUCCCCAUCAUGCCUCAGACGUCCACGGGUGGUCGCUACCUCCCAACACCCACCACAGACUCUACUGGCGCUCUCCAUAACCCCAAUAGCUUAAUACAGCACGCUCCGAGAACCUCUCCUUGUCAGUCGAGACCUAUCGAGGGGAACAACUCAGGAGAAGCUAAAGUUCCGCUCACAGAACCAGAGCCUGUGUCCACGGACAGAGUCACAUCGCCUCAGCCGACCUGGUCACCAACUGGCACAGCCUGGAGCCCACGAGUUAUGAUUGCGUCACCAACUGGCACAGCCCGGAGCCCACGUGUUACGAUGACGUCACCAUCUACCGCAGCCUGGAGCCCGAGUGUUAUGAUGACGUCACGUGUUACAUGCACGAACCCCUCCCUUGUUCCGUCUUUGAGUCAAAGGUUGAGCAGCGUGCGACCAGACGGAGACAGUCCCCAGCUUCCAACUGUCCUCACACCCCUGGGCACAGGGCAAUCACAAGAACGUUUUCUUCUUGCCACCCCACCAGAUGAGAGGCGCUCCGAGAGAGCUAGAUAUCCGCCUGCUUUAACGGACGACAGAAGUGACAGAAGUGAACCAAACGACACCGCAGCAGCAUCGAUGUAUAUCAGAGCGUCAGAUCUCACACAGUCCUCAAGGGCAGGAGCUCACGAGCGUAUCUCAACUCUGCCACCCGGCGAGACUCACCCCGCCCAGGACAAUACGGCAGCGGCUAUGGCAACAGACGUGUCGGCGAACGAGGGCGGAUGGUCUCCCUUUGGUGCACCUGGAGUUCAUCACGUACAGACAACGGAAACAGACAGUGCGUCCUCCCUGCAAGAUCCACACACAGUGGCAAGUGUGACUAGUGUGAGCAGUGGGACCACUGUUACCAGGUCGCCGAGGGACCUCUGCCUAAUGCACGAGAACUGCACCAUCCCCAUCAUGCCUCAGACGUCCACGGGUGGUCGCUACCUCAACUCCAAUAGCUUAACACAGUACGCUCCGAGAACAUCUCCUUGUCAGCCGAGACCAAUCGAGGGGAACAACUCAGGAGAAGCUAAAGAGGGUGGUUGGCGGGUGCUCUGCAGUGUGACUAGUGUGCGCAGUGGGACCACAGUUACCAGGUCGCCGAGGGACCUCUGCCUAAUGCACGAGAACUGCGCCAUCCCCAUCAUGCCUCAGACGUCCACGGGUGGUGGCUACCUCCCAACAACCACCGCAGACUCUACUGGCGCUCUCCAUAACCCCAAUAGCUUAAUACAGCACGCUCCGAGAACCUCUCCUUGUCAGCCGAGACCUAUCGAGGGGAACAACUCAGGAGAAGCUAAAGAACCAGAGCCUGUGUCCUCGGGCAGAGUCACAUCACCGCAGCCGAUCUGGUCACCGACUGGCACAGCCUGGAGCCCACGUGUUAUGACGUGUUUAUCCGGAUUACCGAAUACUAUGCAGUCCGUCGGAGUUGCAGGGCCAGCCUUGUAUGGGAGCCCUGACGAAAUGAGGGCCAGUGAACCCCAGAGACCAGCUUUAGGACCACCAGCAUCAGAACCCUCGCCCACUGGUGGAACUCCAGAAGGGAAAACCGUUAGAAAUCCUGGGAAACGUGUGGCCCGGAACACGGCCAACAGGGAAGUGGCCUCCAGUGACAGCCCCGCACAUUUGACCGCUCGGCAGUCCCCUGGGUCGGGAACCAGCGCUCCACACGAGGAAGGUGUGUCCCCGGCCAAAAAGAGAAGAGAGUCUCAGCUCUCCUUCACUCGGGCGCGCGGCCGUUCUCAGAGUGAAAUUACGUCAUCGUCUGACUCGUCUGUACGGGCACACACAGCUCCGUCUUCUGAUUCUGUUCAAAAGGAAUCCGAGUCAGAAUUGAAACGGGGCGGAACAUUGACCAGAGGGCCUUCAACGUCGAGAGCGGUUUCCUCGGGGGAGACAAAUCAAUUAACCUCAAGUCCGUCUCCUGGUGAAAUGAAACGGUCACUUUCAGACGCGAGAGGGGAUGGUGAGCAGUUUUUGCAACAAACAGACACACCCCUUGAGUCUGGGGAUACACGCAUGCGUCCUGUAAGCUCCGGACAGCUAGAGCGGGAAGGAAUAAACCCACACCAAGCGACACCAGUGCCGGUCUCACACGAGCCUCCACACACGAGUCAGGCCUCCAAACGUCCCCGUCAAGCUGCAGACGGAAGCAACACGUCGCCCCACGUGACCCGGGCAGAUCGACAGCGGGAAUUUUGUCUGAGGGAAAUGGAAAAGCAGAUAAAGGCCCGGGGAUUCAAGUGUAGCAGAGCUCUGCUCGAGAAGUUGACCGAAAGGGAGCCUCAAGCUCCUGACAAUAAUGACACUACCACGACCGCAGCUCAAAAAGGAAGCUUUAGAAGCACUCAUAGUUCAAAUCACGGCACACCAAAAGACGGGAUGACUCAAGAGCAGCUUGAAUUUUACAGAAUCACUAAGAGAGACUUACCGGCGACGUCGUCUAAAUACAGUUACGGUCUACUUGAAGAAGACGACGAGGAAACACUCAGCGACAUGGGGUACGAUGAACAAGAGGGAGAUCCCACAGAGGAUGAGCCUGCUGGGGCAUUUCUGGAGACAUCCGAGGCCGGGACCAGUGUGACUCGUGGGGUCUGUGUGGUCAGUGCGGCCGGUGUGGUCAGUUUGACCAGUGAGACCAAAGUGAGUAGCACGGCCGGGGUAUCGGUGUCUUCGACUGCAGGGCCUGGCAUGUUGAUCCAGCAGACCCUACAAGCUGAGUUAUCUUCCGUACUGUCCCAGCAACCAGUAGCGGUUCAGAACUGUGAUAGACCUGGGGACAGAUCUGCUCCCGACCGCCCGUCGUCCGUACACAACGAUACCUCGCAGAACCAACCUCAGCAAAACGACGGGCCUGGCCCCAGCAGAAUUUCCUGGUCACCCAUCCCUCAACCGCCGGAUUCCGGAGACACACGGCCGAGAAGAGAGACAACCUCGGGUUCCUUCCUCUCGCCACUGUUGGAGGAGAUACUCAGAGCUUGUGGUGGCGGCCAGGGGAGCUCACCCUCGUCGGGCGGAAGUCACGAGGACAAUUCUCCUCUCCCCAUCCCGCAGACGACAGAUAGCUCUUCGUCUGGCUUUGACACGUCUCCGGAGAGCAGCCAAGGGGCAACUGGUCAGUCUCACAAUUCUGACCUUGUCAGUGAUCUCCCACCAGACCUAGAGGACAUAAGCAGAGACCAGCUGAUGGACUUGCCAGAUCUCCAGCUGGGACACGCCUACUUGUAGCGCGGGGGAUGCCACAGCAGUGUCAGCGGUCUGCAAACUGUCCUACCGCACGGGUGAGGAGGGGGGUGGGGGAGUUUCGUAACUAGCGACCGCUUUGAAAGAGAUAGAG